AUGGGGUUGGGCGCAGGUAAGCCACGGUUGGCGGCCGGCUCGGUGUCAGCGCCCGGAGUUGGAGAGGGAGAUAAGGGUCAAAGGUACAACAACGAAGAUCUUUGUAACCGGCCACACCGAGUUCUCCCCCUAUGGCCCAUGAGUAGCAUGAGCCAAUCAAUCAUGGCCAUGAGAAAGGGUUUUGAAGACGCUGGAGAUAAAAGCGAGGCCAACAAUGAUAGCACAUCGACACGAAGCAAUGAGAUAUCAACAGAGUAUGACUUCAGCCAUAACCAGAGGAAUGUCUAUUCCUCUUACCACAGGAUCGUCCCCAACUCUAAAAUGAAAGCAGCCAGGGACUGGAUGCAGAAAUCUUCCCUUGUUGGACGCCGAUUGCAGAUGGAUCAACUUCGUCACUGUACAGUUCAGGCACAAAUGAACCAUUCUCAAGUUAUGUUUGUUUGGGGGAUACCUGGCGUGGGGAAAUCAGCUCUUGUCAGGAACUUGUACUGCGACAGGAUACUAGAGAACCAGCAAUUUCAAGAAUACGGUUGGGUGGGUUUAUCACACUCCCGACCCUUCAAUUUAAGGGACUUCUCACGGAGCUUGCUUAUGAAUUUUCAUUCAGAGUCUCUUCAAGCCAAGGAAACUGCACCCUCUAAUAUAGUGGGGAUCAAAGACGCCAUUGGAAAGUGUCGUGAGGUUCUAAGUACACGUCGGUGCCUUGUUGUUAUCGAUGGUCUUGAGUCCAUACAGGAAUGGGAUUUGAUACAAUCUUCGUUGGUAUCUAGACACUCUAAAUCUAGAACUGUCAUCAUUGUGAUAACAACUGAAGCAAGCAUUGCAACAUACUACGCAGAUAAGGAAGAACUUGUGUUUAAUGUCAAAACUCUAGAAGCUGAUGCAGCCUUUGAUCUCUUCGAAAAUGAGCGCAGGAAGGAAGCAGUGCCGAUCAUCAGAGACGUGCGCCGGCGCGGGAAGAAGAAGACGAUCGAUGCGAGUAGUCGUGCCGCCAACGACACUCGCCAAAAACGUGAUUGCCGCCCUUCACCCGAGCAGGUAGCAUCUAAGAAGACUCUAUUGUCCGCUUCACCGUCUUAUCGCGAAAAUGCGGUGCUGCGAGAACUUAUUUCAAAGUGCGGGGGCCUUCCCUCAAUAAUAGUGGCUAUGGCUGGCAUAUUGGCUACCAAGGCAGCGUGGAUGGACGCUGCAGGUUCCAUCAAUCUGAGGUUUAUAAAUGAGGUAGAGAUGAACCCGGAGUUUGACAGCCUAUGGGAUCUAUUUAGUUGGAUGCAUUCCUGCUUCCGCACUUGUCCGGAUUCCAUCAAGCCAUGCAUCUUCUACCUAUCAUUUUUUCCUAGAGACCACAACAUUCGGCGAAGGCGUCUAGUAAGGCGUUGGAUCGCUGAGGGCUACUCCAGGAACAGUUUUGGUAAAUCUGCAGAGGAGAAUGGGGAGGACUUCUUCUCCAAGCUCCUCAAUCUGAGCAUAAUCCAACCGGAGUCAUCAGCCAUUAGUGACGCAAGGGUGGUCUUAUGCCGAGUCAAUGGAUUUUUGCGUGAGUGCAUCCUGUCACGGGCAAUGGAGGAAAACCUUGUAUUUGAACUGACCGACACUAGCAGCCCAACCACCAAAAGCAGUGGACGUCAUCUUGUCAUAUCUGAAAACUGGGACAGAAAUAUGACCGUGUUCCAGAGGAUCGACUUCUCACGGCUACGGUCAAUGACAGUGGUUGGAAUGUGGAAAUCAUUCUUCAUCUCCCAAAGUAUGAAGCUUCUCCGGGUGUUGGAUCUGGAGGAUUCAUUAGGUUUAACAGAUGCAGAUGUUGAGCAGAUGGUAAAGUGGCUGUGUCACCUCAAGUUCCUGUCGCUAAGAGGAUGCCGUGGGAUCUUCCAUCUACCUAGCUCAAUUGGUGAUCUGAGGCAGCUUCAGACUUUGGACGUGAUGGACACCUCCAUAGUCACUCUGCCAGCAACUAUCACCAAACUACGGAAUCUGCAGUAUAUCCGUGGGGGCACGCCUAGUAUCUCAUCAGAGGAUCCAUCAGUGCCAAAUGCUUCUUCAUCCUGGCUGUCCAAGUUCCGCCAUCUCAGUCAUCUUGUUGGUCUUCGGGUGCCCAUUGGGAUCAGGGAACUGAGGUUCUUGCACACGCUUGGUGUAGUUAAUAUAGGUUCUUCAGCGGGGGAGGCCAUACUGAAAGCACUAAAGAAGCUCACCCAAUUGCGCAAGCUGGGAGUGUUCGGCGUCAACAGGAAUAACAGUAUGGCGUUUUCCUCUGCAAUAUCGGGUCAUGUCCAUUUGGAAUCCUUGUCAGUGUGGUUCGACAAAGAAAGUCAAUGUUGUUUGGAUGACACAUUCCUGCCUUUAAAGAACCUACAGAGCCUCAAACUGUACGGGCUUGUAGACAAAUUGCAAGUUUUACAGAUCGACCAGCUUAGCAAGCUCACAAAGUUGGAUCUAGAGAUAACCACAUUAAGGGAAUGGGACAUAAGGUUUCUUGGCGAGCUACCAAAACUAUGCAUUCUGCGCCUUUGUGUCAAUCAGCCUGAAGAUGUUCGGCUCCAUUUUUGUGUUUUUAUAGAUGGAGUUGAGCAGCGCUCUUAUCAGAAGCUCAAGGUCCUUGAGAUUGCUUGCAUAUCCAGCUUACAUGUGACUUUUGGAUCAGAAACAAUGAAAAACCUUGAUCUGCUGAAAUUUGACUGCUGCAGUGGGUCGUCACAUCAGCUUUCUGGCCUGGUUCAUCUAUCUGAACUCAAGGAAGUCUGGCUGAAGGGCUCCUACGAGGAAACACUGAAGCAUGACGUGCAGGACCAGCUUGCAGACCAUCCAGGGAAACCUGUGCUGAAGCUGGAGGAAGAAGCACCACGUCAGUAG